AUGUCGGGCAUCUGCAGGAACCGACUCGCAGAAGAGCGCAAGCAGUGGCGCAAGGACCAUCCCUUUGGCUUCUAUGCGAGACCCGCCAAGGCCGCCGAUGGCUCCCUCGACCUCAUGAACUGGGAGGCCGGCAUCCCCGGCAAGACUGGCACGCCGUGGGAGGGCGGCCUGUAUAAACUCAAGCUCAUCUUCCCGGAAGAAUACCCCUCGAAGCCGCCCAAGUGCAAGUUCACGCCGCCGCUCUACCACCCCAACGUCUUCCCCUCGGGCACCGUGUGCCUCUCGAUCCUCGACGAGGACAAGAGCUGGAAGCCGGCAAUCACCAUCAAGCAGAUCCUGCUCGGCAUCCAGGAUCUGCUCAACGAUCCCAACGCCGCCGACCCGGCGCAGGCCGAGGCGUUUAGCGAGUUCCAGAAGAACAGGGUGCUCUACGAGAAGCGCGUCAGGGAACAGGCCAAGCAGAUGCAGGCCAACAUAUAG